CAAACUACAGAAAGGAAUAAAUGAUUUGGGGGUAUUAAAACAUUUGGCGUCUGCUGCACCAGACACUUCUGCCCUUAUAUGGCAAAGACAGGUGGUGCCGGUGUUCUAUGCCGAGGGAAGGAGGGAACAAAGGUCACCCCGGUGCUUACUCUGUUCAGGUGCAGUCCGUCUCCAAGGUGCCGUGCGCCCACCAAGCAGACACCAACACUAAGAUCUCCCCACCAAGGGCUGAGCACCAUGCCAGAACUUAAUGCCAAAGUCACCAAGACUCUGAACAAAACCACACCUGGACUUCAGAUAUGGAGAAUAGAGAGCAUGGAGAUGGUGCCUGUGCCACCCAAAACAUAUGGGAACUUCUAUGAAGGGGAUGCUUACAUCAUUCUCUCGACACAUAAGACUGGCAACACCUACACCUAUGAUAUCCACUUCUGGCUGGGCAACUCAUCAUCUCUGGAUGAGCAGGGUACAGCCGCCAUCUACACUACCCAGAUGGAUGAGCACCUGGGUGGAGUAGCAGUACAGCACCGCGAGGUCCAGAACUACGAGAGCGAGGCCUUCCGGAGCUACUUCAAAAACGGUGUCAUCUACAAGAAGGGUGGAGUUGCCUCAGGCAUGAAGCAGGUGGAGACCAAUACGUACAAUGUGCAACGCCUGCUGCACGUCAAGGGCAAGAAGAACGUCGUGGCUGGAGAGGUGGAGAUGAGCUGGAGCAGUUUCAACCUGGGCGAUGUGUUCCUGCUGGAUCUGGGGAAACUCAUCAUCCAGUGGAAUGGUCCUUCCAGCAACCGCAUGGAACGGCUGAAGGGGAUGAAUCUGGCCAAGGACAUCCGUGACCGGGAGCGUGGGGGCCGAGCACAGGUGGGUGUGGUGGAAGGUGAUAGUGAAGACUCCUCUCCUGGGCUCAUGAAGGUCCUGACCUAUAUACUGGGGGAAAAGAAGAGCAUCCAGCCGGCCAUCCCGGAUGCCGUGGUGGACCAGAAGCAGAAAUCCUCUCUGAAGCUCUACCACGUCUCCGAUGCGCAAGGGAACCUACUCAUCCAGGAAGUUGCCAUCCAACCCCUUACCCAGGACCUCCUGAAGCAUGAGGACUGCUACAUCUUGGACCAGGGCGGCAUAAAGAUCUUUGUGUGGAAGGGCAGGUUCUCCAGCAAAGUCGAGAGGCAGCAAUCCAUGUCACGGGCCUUGGGUUUCAUCAAGGCAAAGAACUACCCACCCAGCACCAAUGUGGAGACUGAGAAUGACGGCUCUGAAUCGGCCAUCUUCAGGCAGCUCUUUCAGAAGUGGACUCUCGCCAACCAAACUACCGGCCUCGGCAAGACCAACUCAAUUGGAAAAGUAGCCAAAGUGGAGCAGGUGAAGUUCGAUGCCACCACUCUGCAUGCCAGGCCGGAGAUGGCUGCUCAGCACAAGAUGGUGGAUGAUGGCUCUGGAGAAGUGAAGGUGUGGCGUAUUGAGGAUUUGGAAAUGGUGCCAGUGGAGGGUCGCUGGCUUGGCCAUUUCUACAGUGGUGACUGCUAUCUCAUCCUCUACACGUACCAAGUCUACAAUAAGAUUCACUACAUCAUCUACAUAUGGCAGGGCCGCAACGCCAGCAAGGAUGAGAUCACUGCCUCGGCUUACCAGGCUGUCAUUCUAGAUCAACAGUUUAAUGAUGAGCCCGUUCAGGUGCGGGUGACCAUGGGCAAGGAGCCUGCCCAUCUCAUGGCCAUUUUCAAAGGGCACAUGGUGGUAUAUGCGGGUGGUACCUCCCGGGCGGGCAACACAGCUCCGGCGCCCGCCACCCGCCUUUUCCAAGUUCAUGGGACCAAUGAGUACAAUACCAAGGCCUUUGAGGUGCCUCCCCGGGCCUCCUCCCUCAACUCGAACGAUGUCUUUGUUCUCAAGACUCAGAGCUGCUGCUACCUUUGGUAUGGGAAGGGAUGCAGCGGGGAUGAGAGGGAAAUGGCCAAGAAUGUGUCUGACCUGAUCUCCAAGACUGAGAAAGCAGUGAUUGCCGAGGGCCAGGAGCCGAUGGAAUUCUGGGUUGCGCUGGGCGGGAAGUCUCAAUACGCCAACAGCAAAAGAUUACAAGAAGAAAACAUGUCCAUCACACCUCGGCUCUUCGAGUGUUCCAAUAAGACAGGGACUUUCCUUGCCACAGAGAUCACAAAUUUCACUCAAGAUGACUUGGAAGAUGAUGAUGUGUACUUGCUGGAUGCCUGGGACCAGGUUUUCUUCUGGAUUGGCCAAGAUGCAAAUGAGGCUGAGAAGAAGGCAGCAGCUGUCACUGCCCAGGAGUACCUGCGGACUCACCCAGGUGGCCGUGACCUCGAAACCCCCAUUGUGAUUGUGAAACAAGGCUGUGAACCUCCAACGUUUACUGGCUGGUUCCUAGCGUGGGAUCCUCUCAAGUGGACAGACAAAAAAUCAUACGAAGAGCUGAAAGCUGAACUUGCAGAUGACAACAGCCUCAGCCAUAUCACUUCUGAAAUUAUUAAUGCAGAAGAGAUUUUCAGUGCCAACACAACCAUGGGCAGCAUGUCGUUCUGUAUACACCCCCUGGAGAAAUUGUUGAAUGUCCCUGCGGAGGAGCUACCCAAGGGUGUAAAUCCCAGCAAGAAGGAGGCCUACUUGUCAGAAGAAGAUUUUCAUGCCACCCUUGGAAUGUCCCGCCAGAACUUUGCUGCACUGGCUCCAUGGAAGCAACAGGCUCUCAAGAAGAAAAAAGGACUCUUCUAAACGUAAACUUACUUCUGCAAUUAGGUGGAUGCCAAUCUUUAAUUAAAAACACAUCAAAGCUUGAUUACAAGAGUGUAUCAGAAGAGUGGUCGAGCAUUUUUUGCCGGGAU